AUGGUAAGGAAGGAUAUGGAAGGGAAGGCUAGAGUAAGGUAGAGUAGGAUAGGGUAGGGUAGGGUAGAGUAAUGUAGGGUAGGGUAGGGUAGGGUAGGGUAGGGUAGGGUAGGGUAGGGCAGGGUAGGGUAGGGUAUUUUAGGAUACGGUAGAGUCGGUUAGGCUAUAAUAUAAAUUUUUAAUUUAGGUUCAGAACUCGGUGCACCCCCUCAAAACGGCUUCAUUUGCAACCAACCAGCUCCAUUUGGGGCAGGCAUCGUGCCAGCCGGCUAAAAAUAUUCGUGGUAAAACCUCGCCCUAUGGGUUCUUCGUAAAGAUGUGUUAUGAUGAACAUAAGCGGAAGUUCCCGAUGGAGAAUAUACUGGUCACUGAAAUUUCGAAAAAAUGUUCCGAGAAGUGGAAAGUAAGUUCUUGCAAGGACAAUUUUUUUUAAAUGUAAAGAAAGUUCUUGCCAUUUGUCGUUUUGUAAAGAAAUUUCUUGUCAUUUAUUGUUUUGUAAAGAAAGUUCUUGCCAUUUAUUGUUUUGUAAAGAAAGUUCUUGCCAUUUAUUGUUUUGUAAAGAAAGUUCUUGCCAUUUAUUGUUUUGUAAAGAAAGUUCUUGCCAUUUAUUGUUUUUUAAAGAAAGUUCUUGCCAUUUUUUGAUUUGUAAAGAAAGUUCUUGCCAUUUAUUGUUUUGUAAAGAAAGUUCUUGCCAUUUAUUGUUUUGUAAAGAAGUUCUUUCUAAUUUUUCAUUUUCAGACCAUGAAUGAAUAUGAAAAACGUCGUUUCGUCGAAAUGGCCCAGAGAGACGCGGAACGUUAUCAAUCCGAGUUAACGGCCGCCGGCUACGAAGGCUGUCACCGCAAAAAGCGUACCAAAAAGGACCCAAAUGCACCAAAACGCGCACUCUCGGCCUUUUUCUUCUUUUCAAACGAAAAACGUGGCCAAAUCCAGUCGAAAUGGCCCAGUUGGAAGGUGGGCCAGAUCGCACAAGAACUGGGCCGUGCCUGGAAAGAUUUGAACGAAAACGAACGUAUAAAAUACGAAAAAAUGGCCGUGAACGACAAGGAACGGUACAUUAUGGUAAGGGAUUUUGGAGAUUUUGGGAAAUUAAAAAAAAAUUUUAAUUUACGCUAGGGUAAGACUAGGAGGUAAUGGUUACUCUAGAAUUAUAUUAGACCUAGUUUAGCUUAUGGUAUGGCUUACAAUUGUUCGGUAGGGCUAGAAUAGGUUUAUGGUAAGGAGAGCAAGGUAGAACUGGGCGGGGAAAAACAGGGAAAGCCAGGACAGUGAGGGCUGGGACUGUGGGCUAGGGCUCUGGGGUAAGGCUCUGGGCUAGGCUAGAGCGUCGGCUAUGACUAGGUAUAAAGCAAGUCUAAGGUAAGGGUGAUGUAAGUAUACGGUAGGCAGUGGAUCAAUGUAAUGCGGGCCAUGAAUCGAGUAGAAUUACGGUAGGGCGAGGAUAAAAAAAAAUACUUGGGUAGCGUAAGUUAGGGUAGGAUAGGGUAGGGUAGGGUAGGGUAGGGUGGGGUAGGGUAGGGUAGGGUAGGGUAGGGUAGGGUAGGGUAGGGUAGGGUAGGGUAGGGUAGGGUAGGGUAGGGUGGGGUAGGGUAGGGUAGGGUAGGGUAGGGUAGGGUAGGGUAGGGUAGGGUAGGGUAGGGUAGGGUAGAGUAGGAUGGGGUAGGGUAUCUUAAAAAUUAAAAUUUUGAUUUCAGGAGAUGAAAUCCUACCGCGAACGUGCUAAAAACUGGGCCAAAGCUUCUCAAAUUCCUGAAACAGUGACGAAAUGUCAUGAACCUCAACCAACUUCAACUCCAACACCUACUUACCUAUCACAAGCUCAACACAGUAAUCAACCGGUACAAAUACAGUACGUGGAUCGGGAGGGUAAUAUUGUCAAAAUAGUCAAUCAACCAGCCACUGUACCAGACUAUAUGUACGUCAGUGGUGCUGUUAACAACGGGAAUAGUACUGUUACAAGCGGUAAUGGUACUGUCAUGGGCCGCUGUGGUACUAUCGGUACCAUGGGUGUCAAUGGUACUAUUGGGAGUAUUAACGGUCUAAAUAGUACUGUUCCUAGCGUUAGUACGGUCGGUACUAGCCAUAGUAUGAACACUACUGGAGUUCCGGCCAAUACGGACCAUCCUACAAGCAGUACCAACGUGAUUACUAGAGGUAAUGGUACCAGUGUUAGUACUAUUCCUAGUACAACUAUUUUGCAUUACAGUACAAAACUAGGUACCAUGGGUACUAAUAUGGUCCAUAAUGGAACUAAGACAGAUUUUAGCCCUACCAAUGUGGGCACUUUAGUUAAUGGUACACUUUAUAGUACAAUCGCUUCAAAUCCUCUAAAUUGCUUUGGCACAAUAAUAAACAGUACUAAUAUGUGUACCAAUACUACCAAUAGAACAACGACAGUUAGUAACACACCAAUCAACUCAAUUUCCACCAUAAAUCCACAAACCUACGGAAUGAAUACGAAUAUUGUGAAUAGUAAUAUGAUUUGUAAUAACUUACCCUCAAGCUACAGUAGUAUCCAUUGUAAUGUAAAUCAAACGUAUCAGAAUUAAAUUUUUUGUUUUUUUGGUUGUAAAAUACAUGGCUUACAUUGUAGUUCAUAUAAAAGAAGGAACAUGGCAAAAGAUUUGGAUAAACCCAAGCGGAAUCGAACCAAAGAGCUUUUGCGUGGAAGGAAAACGCAUUCUCCGCUCGACUACGCAGCUAUAAAGUAUAAAUAUAAAUGUCAAAAAAUUGUAUUUAAGCCAUAUGUUUACGCUGAUUCUGUAUCUGAAGUUAGUUUUAGCAAGGAUUUUGUUUUGUAGAAGAUAUUAAAGAGUUUAGGUGAUAAGUUCGCUAAAUAUGGUCAUAUUAUGAACAAAAAUAACGCUAUUUAUAUAUUAAAAACAUUAUAAUAGUUACUAAACAGUAUGUUCAGUUUUGUUUUAAUUGUAUUUUGAAUUUUAAUUUAAAAAAAUCCUGUUUGAACGUUAGUUUUCGCUCAUUUUUCGCUCUUCGUAAAAAAUCUUGGCAUUCCGAGGCAAGUUACUUUCUUUUUCUAUUCAAAUCGAAGAAAAAAUUUUAUGAAUAUCUUGUACAUCCUUGUAUUUUCACUUCUAUUAGCUUUAUCAACGUCUAAGUCAUGUAAUGAGCUUUUAAUUGGACAGUAAGUUAUCCAUUUCAUCGCUUUAUAUUGAUUUUUCAGGCUUAAACUCUGUAGAAGUGAGAAACGGGCCGGCCUUGAGCUAAAAUUGAAACGGGCCGGGCCCAAAGGUUAGGCCCGGCCCGGGCUUGAAAAUUGGGCCUGAAAAAAAAAUUUUUUAUUUUGAUCCCCGUUGAUGUUUUUUGAUUUUAUUGGGUACCAUGAUACAUAAAUGAUCUAAAAGAACAAUGCAAAGCCAAAUUUCCGUUUAUUUUUUAAGUUUUAAAAUUUUAAAAAUUUUUUAAAACGGGCCGGGCCGGGCCUAGAAAUUUUCUGACCGGGCCGGGCCGGCCUGAGAGAAAAUUGAAAACGGGCCGGGCCUAAACGUUGGGCCCCGGGCCUGGGCCGGGCCUUAAAAGUGGGCCCGGCCCUUUUCUCACCCCUAAAACUCUGUAUUUUUUGGUUUUUAAACAAUAUAAAACCUCUUUUCAGAUAUCAAUGUGACGACGCCGAGCUGGAUUCCUCGAAUUAUCGCUUCAAAAAUUGUCAAGCAGAUGGUUCAUUACAUGGUAGUUUAUAUUUUGUUAAUUUAUGUUUUGAAAUUUAGUGAAUUGCACCGUUCGCCAAGGACUGAGAUGUGAUGAACUGGAUUAUCGCACUGAACAGUUCGUGAAGGUGAUUCAGAAUGCUUGUCAACCAGAAAAUGCGAAGCAUCACAGCACGGCAAUGCUAUUGGCUGUGUUUGGAGGAUGGUUGGGCUUGGACCGAUUUUAUUUGGGCUAUUAUACAUUAGGUACGUCAUGAUUAAUAUAAUUUUCAAUGAGAAAGGCGCUUAAACUGUCUUUGGUUGCAUAUACUUUGUAAAAUUUGAUAACAAGAUUCUAUACAAGCUGUAGAAAGUAAUGUUUGGUUGGUUUUGAUUAAAAGAAAGGUUUUAUUGUAUUUUAUAUUGUUUUAGAUACUCUUAAUGUUGCUUUUUAAUCAGAGGUGGUUUUAACGGCAAUUGUUAUUCAAAAGCUUUUAGUAUUAUGUGGAUAUGCUUUUAUUUUAAACAUAGAAAGUUAUCUUAAACAAAAUUUGAUCAAAAGAACCGCAGAAUGACGCGUGAUAUUAUUUUAGAUACCAACGAAAUGAAAAAUUUAAGUUUUUUCACAAAUUAAUGAAUAAAACUUUCAGGAGCACUAAAGAUGGUGUCGUUUGGUUUGUACGGGUUUAUGUACGUGUUGGAUGUGAUGUUGAUCUCAUUGGAAUUGGUCGGUCCUGGAGAUGGAUCAGAUUAUCGGCCGAUUGGCGUUUCACCGAUGUCCCUGAACGCCAGGGACUCGAAUUACAGUCGGAUGGUGUUGUACAAUUGUAUAGAUUGUUUUAACUAG